AUGGUGUCCACGACGCUGACUGCCGCUCUGGCGGGCCAUCAACUCUACGGCACCACCUAUACGCAGGUUUUCAGUGUCCUGUACGCCGCUGCGGUCGCUUACCUGCAUGUCGCAUGGGGAACCGCAUGGCGAGAGGCCCUGGUCACCGUCUCCCUGCAUGCAGCAUCCUACCUGCUUGGAAUCUUCAGCAGUCUACUGCUCUAUCGUCUGGUGUUUCACCCACUGGGAUCGUUCCCAGGUCCAUGGCUCGCCCGCUUUUCGGAUCUGUGGCUCGUUUCCCAGAUGAAGAACAACAAUAAACAUGUCAAGCUGAUUGAACUGCACGAGAAGUACGGUCCCUACGUCCGCAUUGGACCCUCGACUCUAUCCGUCAUUGAUCCCAAGGCUGUCAACAUCAUUCAUGGCCCAGCUUCGCGCUGCUUGAAGAGCGGCUGGUAUGACCACUCAUACCCCAGCAAGUCAUUGCAGACAAGUCGAGACCCGGUCGAGCACCAGCAGCGCCGGAGAUUAUGGAGUACCGCGUUCGGCAGCAAGCAGCUGCGCGGAUAUGAGCAUCGCGUGCGCAAGUACCGUGAGCAGCUCGUAGAUCAGUUGAUGAAAAGGGAGGGUCAGCCAGUGAAUGUGACCAAGUGGUUCGACCUAUACACCUAUGACGUGAUGGGAGACCUGGCAUUCGGGGAGGGCUUGACAAUGGACUUUGUUGGCAGCUCCCUACCCAUGUGGCUCUUCCGUAUGGUCUUGGAGGUUCCUGGACUGAAGAGGGCAUGGUAUAAGUUCCUGGAUUACUGUGAGAUGAGGUUAGUGGAGAGAAUGAGGACUGAGCCUGAUGUUCCCGACGUCAGCGCAGCGCUUCUAGCACCCUUCAAAGGCAAAGAGCCCGGGAAGGAGGACCAACAGUGGCUAGGAGGAGAUUCACGGCUGAUUAUUGUUGCUGGAAGUGACACCACUGCCUCGACUCUUGUUGCUUUGUUCUAUGAGCUCGCCCACCGUCCCGACGAGGUCGAGAAGCUUCGUGCCGAAUUGGCUCCAUUUGUAAAUAAGGAUGGCGGCAUUGGAGACUUUUACGACAGCGACAUUGGUCACUUGGGACACCUCAACGGGGCCAUCAACGAAGCAUUGCGUCUAUAUCCGGCAGUUCCGUCGGGAGUACCACGGAUAAUGCCUCCUGAUGGCAUUACUGUGAACGGAGUGCCCAUUCCAGGCAAUACCAUAGUCAUCAAUCCAACCAUUGCGAUGGGACGGUCGGAAUUGAGCUAUAAAAAGCCGCUAGAGUUUAUCCCCGAGCGGCGGUACCAGCAGGCCGAGCUGAUCAACGAUCAGUCGGCUUUUGUCCCAUUCAAUAUUGGUACUUACAACUGCAUUGGCAAGCCAUUGGCACUUCAGAAUCUGCGGGCAACGGUGGCACAUCUGGUCACGACUUUUGAUGUGAAGUUCGCGCCAGGAAAUGCGGAGAAAGAUUUGAUCAGACGGUCGAAGGAUUGUUUUGUCAUGUAUCACGGUGAACUGGACUUGAUUUUCACCCGGCGAAAGUAAAUAGUCGGGGACGGUGGUGAGCGACCGCCGUUGAUGAGAGUGUCGAUCGCACGGGGGAGGAAUUAUUACGUCGGUGGUGUUGGGCAGAAGGAUCAAGGGUGUUUC